AUGCCUCUGUUUGCCUCCCUGUUUUCUCGUCGACGUUCUCGCCAGGCUCGAGAGGAGAAAGCAUCUGCUAGUAAUGCUGCUGGGGCGUCUGCAGUGCAGAAGAAUGGGACCAACCAUAAAGCUCCUCGGGUCGAGCUCGACCUUCCGCACAUCAAACCCUCUGAACAGACGCAGCUCGAAGCCGAUACCGAGCCCCGUACGCCAGCGGAAAACGCUGAUGACAAAGUUGUGAACCCAGCGUCGAUAGAGCUUCCCUCGUCGCCACAGAAUGGCCAGGCAAUGUCUCCUGGAACGGUGUCCAAGAAACAGUCGUUGAUGUCGGUAAGGAGUGAUGGACAACAGCAACCACCACAGUUCUUCAAGGAAGGCAAGAGGCGGAACCGUCGAAUGUCUGUCUUCUCGUCUCUCAGAUCCAGGCCUUCAACAGCAAUGUCGACCGCAACAGAGCCGGCCCCAGAGCUUCAGAUGUCGCCUGUCACCUCAAACGUCAGCCGAACUUACUUCCCUCCAGACCCAAAAUUUCAACUUGACUUGAAGCCAGACACCUUUAGUAAGGCUUUCAACGGAUCAAGCCUACCUUUUGUUGAUGAGAUGUUUGGAGAUAAAGAUAAGCCUGAAUCAUCGUCAAAAACAUCUGGCUGGCUGGGUCAACAGAACAGUAACACCACCACCGCCGCCACUGCGUCAGAUUCAGGAAAUAAUGUUUCACGAGGGUGGUUAUUACCAGGUUUAGAAUCAGUUAUGGAUGGAGAUACCCUGAACACAAAUACAAAUGCUACAUUAACCCAGCCCAGUUCCCCAGUCAAUGGAACCUCUAAUUCCCCGAAGAGUCUCCCAUCACCCACUUCGUUACCACCACUAUCUGCUUCACCAGAAUCAUCCAAAUCAUCUAGUCGUACCCCGCUGGAGAAGUCACUUAGCAAGAGUCUAUCUCCAAACACACCCCAGGGUAGUGUCCCAUCCUCACCAACCGCCAUCACCACCACCACUACACCCAAUGGUGUGACUGUGUAG